UUCACGCCGUACGUGAUACGCCUCUGUUGUCGGUGUUGAGAUCUUGCAGCUUCUGCGCACUCUAAGCCACACACUCUACAGCUUCCUUUGAAGAUUAAUAAAAGGAGAGAAAGAAACCAAAGCUAUAACAGCUCUGGUCUAGGGUUCUGAAUUUUUUUGGAUCUAUACGCAAAGGAAGACGGAAAGGUUAACGGAAAGGUUAAGGAAAUGCUUGAUUUGUUAUUCUUUUGGUUGCUGAAUUGUCGAAAGUCGGUCGCCGACUUAUGCUAGUUGGAUUUUGGAAGGAGGAGGAGGCGGAGGAGUGUAUGAGAGAAUUGGUUGCUGUUUGGAAUUUAUUUGUGGUGUUGAAGGAUUCGAGGAGGAGAAUAUGGUGGGAUUGUGGGCUGUUCAUAAGGAGCAGGGGUAGGUGGGGUAAAUGUGGCUGAUCCUCUCUUCGUAAUUAUUUUUGUUGCUUCUGGUAUUGUUGAGGUUUAUUAUUGUUGUUAUUGCUGGUUUGCUUUCUGAACUGGCUCAAGCAGAUCGUUGUUUGGACAAACGCUUGUUAAGUUUGGCAGUUUUGAUAGAGAGAACCAAAAGAUAAUGCAGCAAGAUCACCGGAAGAAGAAUUCAACAGAGAUGGACUUUUUCUCUGAAUAUGGUGAUGCCAAUAGGUAUAAAAUUCUCGAAGUUAUUGGCAAAGGCAGUUAUGGCCUUGUUUGCUCAGCAAUAGACACUCACACUGGUGAAAAAGUGGCAAUAAAGAAAAUACGUGAUAUUUUUGAACACAUAUCAGAUGCUGCUCGUAUUCUUCGUGAAAUAAAGCUGCUUAGACUCCUAAGGCACCCUGAUAUUGUAGAAAUUAAACAUGUUAUGCUUCCACCUUCAGGAAGGGACUUUAAAGAUGUUUAUGUUGUUUUUGAGUUGAUGGAGUCAGAUCUGCAUCAAGUCAUUAAAGCCAAUAAUGACUUGACGCGAGAGCACCAUCAAUUUUUUCUUUACCAGCUUCUUCGGGCGUUAAAGUAUAUCCACACAGCAAAUGUCUAUCAUCGAGAUUUAAAACCUAAGAAUAUAUUGGCAAAUGCAAACUGUAAACUUAAAAUUUGUGAUUUUGGGCUAGCAAGAGUUGCUUUCAGUGAUGCCCCCUCAACAAUAUUUUGGACGGACUAUGUUGCAACACGAUGGUACAGAGCUCCUGAACUUUGUGGAUCAUUUUUCUCCAAGUAUACACCAGCAAUUGAUAUAUGGAGUAUAGGCUGCAUCUUUGCUGAAGUACUAACAGGGAGACCACUCUUUCCUGGAAAAAAUGUUGUUCAUCAACUGGAUUUGAUGACGGAUCUGCUUGGUACCCCAUCAUUAGAUACAAUAUCACAGGUUCGAAAUGAUAAGGCAAGGAGAUAUUUAACUACCAUGAGGAAAAAGCCGCCCAUGCCAUUUGGUCAGAAAUUCCCAAAUGGUGAUCCACUGGCGCUGCGUCUACUGGGAAGGCUACUUGCUUUUGAUCCAAAAGAUCGGCCAACGGCUGAAGAGGCACUAGCAGAUCCUUAUUUCAAGGGACUGGCAAAAGUUGAAAGGGAGCCAUCCUGUCAACCAAUAACAAAGAUAGAGUUUGAGUUUGAGAGGCGAAAGGUCACAAAGGAAGACGUAAGAGAGCUAAUUUUUCGCGAGAUACUUGAAUACCAUCCUCAGUUGCUCAAGGACUACAAAUGUGGAACUGAGAGGACUAACUUUCUUUAUCCAAGUGCUGUUGAUCAGUUCAGAAGGCAGUUCACACAUCUUGAGGAAAAUAGUGGUAAAAGUGGGCCGGUAAUUCCACUUGAAAGAAAGCACACAUCGCUUCCCAGGUCCACAAUUAUACAUUCAAAUACAGUUCCUUCCAGAGAACAGAGCAUUGCUUCCUUGAGAGUUCGACCUGCAGAGACAACAUACAACAAAACUUCCCGUUAUUCUGAGGGAGCUCAUGUAAAUAUAUCAACCCUGCCUGCGCCACAAAGAAUUCCACAAGGUACUGUCGCUAAACCAGGAAAAGCUGUGGGACCAAUUGUUCCAUAUGAGAGUGGAAAUAUCAUGAAAGAUGCCUAUGACCCUAGGACAUUUGUGAGAGGCUCAUUCCUUCCUGCUCAGACUAUCCCUCCAGCAUACGGUUACCGCAAAACUAGCACUGGGAAGCAAGAGUAAUCUGCCGCGGAGAACCUGCAUUCUUCAGAAAAGCAAGUCCAGCAGUGUGGCAUAGCUACCAAAUAUGCGCCAGAUAUGGCUGUCAACAUCGACUCCAACCCUUUCUUUCUGAACCGGGCAGGAGUGAAUAAGGUGGAAUAAGCUGAUGACCGAAUUAAAAUCAAUACAAACUCGUUGCACGCCAAGGCCCAGUACGAUGGGAUCAGCACUGCUUCUCACGGAAAAGAUGGUAGGUUCAGUAUGGUACGACGAGGAUGUACUAAAGCAGUGAAAGGUCUUGUGCUGAAUGGACGGAUCUAUGUACAGUAAGCAUGGAGCGAUGGAGAGCCUGUUAGGCACUAGGUCUGAUCAUGAGAACUAUGUAUUAGAUUGAGCUGUAAAAAAGACCUCAAGUGUAUUGCGGUAAAAUUCCAUGUGAGGACAUCAUUAUAAGAUAAAUUCACGAAGAAAGCAAGCGUUGCUUCUCUUUCCUCAUCGCUGUAUCAAUGCAAUUGUGGAUCCUUCUAGUUACUAUCUUGGGGAGAUCGCUCAAUAUGGUUGCUUUACGCCCUUUCUGUUUCCUGCCUUGCUCCGAUGUCUAAUGAGAUGGAACCGGUCGCUUCUUACAUUGCCCAGACUGUAUUUGUGGGAAUAUGGAAUCUAGUGAGAGAAGAGAGAGGGAACAGAAAAUAAAGAUCUCAGGUCCUUUAAAUUUUCAGUGCUGGAAUAUGGUUUUUCCCUUUUUUUUUUCCUUCAAAAAAGAUGUUGAACAUUUCCAAUGGAUGUUGAAUUUGAGUGAGCUAGGGUUGCUCAAUCAAACGAUACAGAGAGGUUUACUGGUGGCCA